CGGUUUUUGUGUUUUUUCUGCCAUGAGAAAGACGUUCAAAUUCGUCGACCAAACACCAAACAGAAACUCUGGAAGAAAUUAACAAGUGAAUCAAGUUUAUAUGCAACAGAGGUGAAAGAUAAUCAAAGAUUCUGUAUUAAAAAUGUCCCAUUUAAAAUUAUUGUGUGACUCAACGUCAGCCUUAAACAUUGACGGACCUAUAACGAGAGGACCUCCGAUGAGAUCCCAAAAAAAUAAUGCCGACUCAAGUAUGUGUAACAGGAGUAUAAAUACUUCUAGAAGAUCCCUAUCAGUUUCCAAUAUCUCCGUCUCAAAAUCUCCAACGAGAGCAGGAUGUGCAGAUUUUAUGAGAUUUGGAAGAGAGAACAGAAGAAGAAGUAGAUCCUCCACCACAAGUCCCAGGAAAACACCAGCAGGUGAUAGGUUCAUACCUAUGAGAAGUGCCAUGAACUUCGACCUGGCUCACGUAAUGCUCACAAGAAAUACGGAAAGUCCCAGUAUGAAAGAUUUUCAGAAGAUUGUUGCCGAUUGUCGAGGUGAGGAUAUCUCUAAACAGAAGAUCUUGUCCUAUAGAAAAAAGGCGCCUACUGCGCCAGAUGGCUACUUGAAUCCGAUGAGGGUCUUGUAUUCCCAGACGAAAACACCUACUUCGACUUCCAAGAACGGCGCUAGGUAUAUCCCCACAGCCCCUGACCGAAUUCUGGAUGCUCCGGAUAUUUUAGACGAUUACUAUCUGAAUCUGGUUGAUUGGAAUUCUAACAAUAUAUUAGCUGCUGCUUUAGGAGCCAACGUUUAUUUAUGGAAUGCAGGUACUGGAAAUAUUGAACAACUUCUAGAAUUAGAAGGAAACGACUAUGUCUGCUCUGUAUCGUGGAUUCAGAAUGGCGAUUUCUUAGCAGUUGGCACAACGACCGGAACGGUGGAAUUGUGGGAUUGCGCAAACUUCAAACGUUUAAGAUCCAUGGCUGGUCAUUCGGCUAGAGUUGGAGCGUUAUGUUGGAACAGUCACAUAGUUUCGAGCGGAGCUCGAAGUGGUCAGAUAAUCCACCACGACGUAAGGCAAAGGGAACACAUCGUCGGAACCGUAAACGCGCACGCACAAGAAAUCUGUGGCUUGAAAUGGUCUCCUGACGGCAAGUUUUUAGCCAGUGGUGGCAACGAUAACUUCCUCAAAAUAUGGUCGGUAGAGGCGGGCGGUUACCAUUCCAAAACGACCCCCUUGCACAGUUUCAACCACCACGUGGCAGCGGUGAAGGCCCUGGCCUGGUGCCCCUGGCAGACUCACGUUUUGGCCAGUGGAGGUGGGACCGCCGACAGGCACAUACGCUUCUGGAACAUCAACACGGGGGUAUGUUUGAAUGCCAUCGACACGAAAUCUCAGGUUUGUUCAUUAUUGUGGUCCACUCACUACAAGGAAAUCGUAUCGGGCCAUGGUUUCGCCAACAACGAGAUAAUAAUCUGGAAGUAUCCGUCGAUGACCAAAGUUACCGAAUUGUUGGGUCACACGUCCCGGGUUCUGCAUCUGGCCAUGUCGCCAGAUGCCACCACCGUGCUCUCGGCGGGCGCUGACGAAACUCUGAGGUUGUGGAAGUGCUUCACUGUGGAUCACAUCAGGAAGAAGACUGCGCCCACCAGGGAGAAACGCAGUGUGCUUAAACAAUCGAUUCGAUGAAUUAGAUGCACAAUGGGUUGGUGUAUAAAUGUUCUUUUUGUUUUGUUAUAAGAUGUACCGAGUUGUAUUGACUUUCUUCAAUAAAUAUAAGAAAUAAUAGUUUUCUAUUGAAGCCAGAA